ACGCGCGCGCGAAACUGUUGCUUUUUGCUCACUUGUGCGAGAACUUGAUGUCGUGAGAGUGGUACGGGAUAUUGCGUUUGAAGCUGCGCGAAUUUUAACGAUGAUGGAUUUCACGCUGGAACGGUUGCACGUUGAACAAAGAAUCGUUCUCGAAUGCGGCAAAUCCUACACCUGUGGUAGAGGUAAAGGAAAUACAAUUGUAUGCCUUGGUCUACAAGUAUCCCGCGAACACUGUGUUUUCUUCCAUGCUGUAGACAAAUUAUUUGUCACAGAUUUGAAGAGUUCAAAUGGAAUUUUCAUCAAUGGUAUAGUACAGAAACCUUAUCAGAUGGUGCAGCUAUGUCAGAAUGAUAUUAUUGGGAUUGGAUGUGCAGAUAUUAACCCAAGUGAUAGCACAUUAUUUGCAUACAAAGUUUGCAUUACAAGGACAACUGAUCCCAUUGAAGUAAUGAAUACUAGUGAUUUGUCGUCAACAGUUACGAUUUGUGAUACAACAAUGCACCAAAGACGAUCUGAUUCCCAUGUAGAUAUAAAUUCUCGUGUUUUGGGAGAAAAACAUGGAAUCCCCCCAAAUAAUUGUGAUGCAGCGUUGCCAUGUAAAAUACCAAAAUACUUCGAUAAUGAUGAAAAUAACCCUGAUAGUCUUCCUGGUCCUAGUACUAACACAAAUAUUUCGUGCCAUAAUAAUAAAAGUAAUAUAAAUAAUAUAAGAGCUGCAUUUGACACUGCAGUACAUAUAAAGGAGGAAAAUGAUGUUGAAAUAAUUCACACGACAUACCCUGAGAAAAAGGAGUGGGACAUUGGAAGUCAUAUUCUUAAAUAUGAAACGUAUUUAACCGACAACAUAAGACCAAGAGAGAAUUACCAAGCUGACAAGAAAAUGGACAUUGAUGCGGAUAACAAAGCUAAAGAGAGCAGUAGCAAGACUGUAAACAAAGAACAUAUUACGAGAGAAAAAACGGAUAGUUUCGAUAGAACGAAUGACACAGCAUACCCAAAAGGGCCAACAUUUACAUCUAGUGGUGACCAAGUUAUUAAGGUUGAAGAUGAGUUGCAGUUAACGGAUGAAGAUGAAGAAGCACUCUUAGCGGUCGCCAGUACAAGCAACAAAGUAAUUUGUAAAACGACACCGAUUAAGUUGAAGAAGAUCAAGCAUGAACCGAAGACGCGUUUCUCGGAGAUCGACGUUGUCAAUCUCAGUGACAACGAGGACGGGAUAUUUCCGUAUUCCCAGCUAUUCGAUAUUAAGUUUGAAGACAAAGUGAAGCAGGAAGUGGAGAUUAAACAAGAAUAUAUCAGCAACGACACCGAGAAAGUCGAGUCGACAGACAUGAACGAUGAGGUCAUUGUAUUGACAGACAGUGAAGACGAUGAUAAUCCAUGGCUGCAACGAUUGUCCAGGAGUCAACUAUUCAACGAAAAUAAGGACGAAUUGAUAGAGAAAGGACAAGAGGAUAAAGUUGCGUCGAUUGUAAAAGAAGAGGUAGAUCUGGGGACUUGGCAAGAAGAUGACGUUUCGAAGAUGAUACAGGAUACGAUACCGAGUACUUCCAAAGACUUGAACGAAAUGGCUGACGUUGGUAUUUCCGAAGAGUCUGUCCGCAAAGAAAUACCUCGCGAACGUACAACUACAAGCACUGCCGACGACAACAAUACUAAUUUAUUAGCGGCGGGAAUGAGCGAGAUGGAUGUAGAUAAUGCUGAUUUAUCCAACGAACCUAAUUCAGAAAGCAUUGAUCAUGCAGCUAAACAGAAAACAGAUGCUAAGCAAAGUGCAGAGUCACACAAACAGACAGAAACAUCCAGUAAUAAUACGUCGCCGCUGACCAGUGCGAAACAUAAGUCGAGGUUGGCCAUAGCAACCAAAAGAGCUAUUCCGCUAAUAGAGCCGCCAUAUCUACCUUCAUCAAGAAGAGGCCGACCUAAGAGCAGAGAUCUCAGAGGGGAUUUUAGCAAGGACUCCAACAAGGAUCGAAGUAGUAAAGCAUCCAAGAUACCCGGAAACGAGGAGAAAUUAUCAUCUAACUCAGCAGCGGAGGAAAAGACCCAGAGACUGAAGGAAAAAAUGGAUGAUCACUUUUAUAACAAAGACCAAAGACAAGGCAAAGGGUCGUCCAGAGGCUCGCCCGAUAAUACCUCGUCAAGCAAAUCAUCCAUCUCUAAGAAGGAGAAGAAGAUCAUAGCAGAGGAGAGGAAGGCGAAAUUGAAAAAGAUCGCCGAAGAGACACGCCCCGAGAAUAACAAAAACAUAAAACGUGGCCCCGGUAAACCAAGAGUCAAGAUAACGUUGAAGAAUCGGGGCGACUUUCUGUGCAACGAGCAAGAGGUGCGUGCGCCUAAACCGUCAACGAGCAAAUCCGCGGAGAGAACAAAGCCAAGCAACGACAAGGGCAAUCGUGCAACGUCAGCGCGCGAAGCUGAGUCAGCUGUAACGGAAUCCAUGAUUGACGACGUAGAGGCGAGGAAAUCGCAGAGAGAGGACGCGUUUAAAAAUGCGGCGGAUAACGUUGCUCCAACGCUGAAACACCAGAGCGUUGAAGAUAGAAGCGACGUCACUGCAGCGACGGUGUCGGAAUUGCCCGACAAAUCUGAAGAAUGUUCUUCUGCCUUGAAGAACAAUCACUCGGUGAAGCUGACGAAAACGAAGAAAAACAAAAACGUAUGCUUCUCCGGCGAGGUGGACAUCAGAGAGUACGAAAUCGAGUCGGAGAACACGCUGAAGAAGCUGAUCGGAAAGGACGCGCCGAUACCCACGGAUAAGUUGGUCAGGACUGAGAAGACCCAUCCGGAAUGGAGCCCGAAACUAGAAGAGUACCUGCUACGCAUCUUCAUGUGGAACCCCGUGUGGCUCGAAGAACAGCGCUACCUAAGGAGCGAGCCGCCGAUUGUGCCGCAGGAUGAAUUGCAACCGUUGAAGGUACGUUACGACUCGUUCCGGCACUACUACGAUGUGGUAUUGCCCGUCAUGUUGCUCGAAACUUGGCACACCAUCAACAAGGAGUUCGAGAUGAUCGAAAGAAACGCGAGACAUGUGACCGCGAUGUGCUCCAUUGUCGCAAAUUCCAUCACGCAUGUUCCGAUCCCGGCGACCAACCUGUUCCUGACGAACCUUAUGCUCGAAGUGUUGGUGACGAGAGAAGACCUGGUGAGGCAAAACCACCCCACACUCGGCGAUCUGGUAUCCUUCGAGUACGUUAUGUAUGCGAACGGUAGGCAGACCUUCCACAAAGUGUUUGCGUACAUCAUCCACAAACACGAAUCGGUCAUCACGGAAUUCACACGUUACAACGAGGAUUUGAGGCAGUACGUGAGCAACCCGUACCAAGUGAUAACGUACAACAUACAAACGCGGCCUAUCGAAUGCAAUAUCCUUCUAAACAGGGUGCACAGAGUUCGCACGGUCAUGUAUCUACGGGCAAACAUGAGGAUGGUGCAGGCGCUGCAGUACUUCCCUCAGUCGCCCCUCUCAGAGUUGAUCUUGAGGCCGAAUGUCCACGAGUACCAACUGCCGCCGUUGAACUCAUCGUUGACGUGCAACUCGCUCAUCACGGAGGACAAGCUGAACCAGAAGCAGCUGGAGGCGGUAUUCAGAGUGACGGACGCUGUGAUGAAGAAGCAGGCUAAGCUGUGCCUGAUUCAGGGCCCACCAGGAACGGGCAAGUCCAAGGUGAUCGUGAACCUGGUGGCGCAGAUAUUGUACGGCGAGCGAGAACACAGUAACGCGAGUGAGAAGAACAAGAUUCUACUUUGCGCCCCGUCCAACGCCGCCAUCGACGAGAUCGUGACGAGGCUGUUGGUCAUUAGGUCGUAUCUGAAGCAGAAGUACAAUUAUACGUUUAAUCUGGUGCGCUUCGGCCGACCUGAGCAUAUGCAUCCCUUGGCGAAAAACAUUUCUGCACCGGAACUAGCGAGACGGCACUUGCGGAAGUUCACGGAGAGCGUGGUUUGCUGGUCGAGCAACAGUACGACUAACCGUAUGUCGGAGAAGACCAAGCUGGAGCGGCAGAUAGACUUGUUGCAGGCUACGCUUCGUAACCCGGCGAGCCUGUCGGAGGCGAGGAGGAGGGAAAUCAAGAGGAAACUAACCGAUGCGUCCUCAAGAUACGAAUUGUUGCUGACCGGCAAGCUAUUCGAAGAGAUCGAUCAGAAGGACCGCAACAAGUUCCAACGGCCGUCCGAGGACGUAAUCCUCGCGGGCGCCGAUAUAAUCGCUUGCACACUCUCGUCCUGCUACACUAAUCAGAUGGAAUCCAUCUUCGGCGCCAACAGGGAGAAGCUGUCUGUCUGCAUCGUCGACGAAGCGACUCAAAGUUGCGAAGCGGAGACCCUGAUACCAUUGAUGUUGGGGGUGAAUACUCUGGUCUUGGUGGGCGAUCCGAACCAGCUACCAGCGACUAUAUUGAGCCAACGCGCGAAGAAACUGGGACUGGAUCAGUCCAUUUUCUCGCGGAUGCAGCGCGCCUUCACGUCGCAAACGAACAAUCCAAUAAUAAUGUUGGACACGCAGUAUCGUAUGGCGUAUUCCAUCUCCUAUUGGCCGAACAGAUAUUUCUACGAUUGCAAGUUGAAGAACGCCACAGAGCUUAGAAUAUCAUUCCCCUUCCAUCCUUACAGAGUGCUGUCUCACAAUUCCGUGCAGAACAACGACAGGUUCUCCAACACCACCGAGGCGGAAUUCGUGUCGAAUAUGAUCUACGCCAUGCUGAUAUACGCCAAGUGGGAAGACACGAACGAGCCGGUGACUCUUGGUGUCCUCACACCGUAUAACAACCAAAGAACCGUCGUACUGAAUAAGAUAAACGAAAAGAUAUCUAACUUGCCGGAGAACAUGAGAAAGAAGAUUGCGUACGAAGUUAAUACAGUCGAUAGCUUCCAAGGCCAAGAGCGAGAUAUCAUCAUAAUGUCUUGCGUGAGAAGCCACGGCAUCGGAUUCAUGUCCGACAAACAGAGGCUCUGCGUGGCCCUUACAAGGGCUAAGCAUAGUUUGAUACUGUGCGGCAAUUUCAACACGUUUAUGAAGGAUCAGAUGUGGAAUUCGUUGUUGUCCGAUGCGAGGUCCCGUGGAGUUUUAUGUAACGUCGAUGCCAACGCGACGUCCACCAUCAUCAAGCCAUUCAUCGUGAAAUGAGGAACUCGCCCGUUUUGUGUAACGUUGAUGCUGACGACGCGACAUCCACCACCAAGUCCAUGUCACUAAGCCGUUCAUUCACUGGUGAAUGAGGGGACUCAUUACUUGUGUUCGAUGUACCUAUAUUGCGUCUGUUUUAUAUAUGUCGUAUCUGUACAUCUUGUAAAUAUCUAGCGUUAAGUAUCUAGUGUAAUGUUAAGUUUCCUCCAAGUACGUUAUCAUCCUUUCUGAAAAAAGUGUGCGAGUGCCUUCAGACGGCAGCGCUUCUCACAUAUCCUCCUAUUAGCGGUCGUAUUCCUCGUAGAUUGAAAACUGAUUUUCAUUACACAUGUAUGAGUACACGUCCGAGACUCCAAACAAGGUCUAAUCAUUCUCCAGAGUACUAGAAUUAUUAAUUUCUUUUUUAUAUAUCGCUCUGUCAUACUUGUUAGUGAUUAAUUUCCAAAUGCGAUGAAUUCUUCGACCCGGCUCGUCUCGAGAGAUAUUUCAUUGUCGCAAAAUUGAACAUUUCGCAAAGAAUUCUUAGCUUAGUGAUACUUUCGUUACCGCACGUCGCACAAGUGUGUGUGUGUGUGUGUGUGUGUGUGUGUGUGUGUGUGUAUGUGUGUGUGUGUGUGUGUGUGUAUGACGUGCCGAUUCUUAUAGAAGACCGACGUUUUGUAUAUGUGACAACAAUCAUUUUUCGCUUUACUUUUGCCAACAACUUAAGUUAUCGUUAAUAUAGAUCUGGUUUUAUGCUUUUACAUGAGAAAAACAACAACGAGUGUACUUUGUAGCGGACAGUUUCCCAGAUGAACGAACGGUAGUAAUGGUGCCGAGUCAUUCUUGUAUAUUCCGAAGAAACUCUGGUUACACAUGUAUAAUUUUCAGAAAAGUUCUUCAUAUCUAUUUCCUUUGAUUAAAUCUUUAGAGGAACAAAUUGUACCUCGUCUCCGUUAAGAAAAGAAAAAACAAACGGAAUGUAAUCAUUAAUUCAAUCGACGAAUCUGUAGACGGAAAAAUCUGAAUGCCGUGUAUCAUGUAAGAACGUUGAAUGGACCGCGUAAACUUUGACCAAUCGAUCGGUUUCUCUGCUGCACAAACGCUCCUAAGUACGCUUCCCUCUGAUUCACCAAACGAACAACGUUUGUUCGUUUUCGAAGAGAACUUUUUCUUUUGACCAAAAGGAAUAAGCAAAUUUCCAUGGAUUGUAACUCUCAUAAAAAUGAUGACAAGGAGAGAUGGUUCCAGAAGUACUGUAAAACUGAAAGUCUCUACAUUACGCAUUUUCGUAUUUUUUCAAGUAUAAAGUUUCUUUUUAUAUAUUUACACGAAUGUAACUCGAGAUUCAUCGAACGCUCAAAUUUUUGGUCAAAUUUGUCGAGUUGUACCGUGUAAAUAAAACAUCAUACAAAUAUGGCAUUUAUGUUAUUUAAAAACGCAAGCUUCUUUAAUUUGCAUUUGUAUAUGGAUAUGGAUUGCGGUUGGAUAUUUCUUCAUUCAGUUAUUUAUUUGAAGCGAAAACUGUCUUUUUGCUC